AUGCAUUCAUUAAGAUGGGUUUUAUCAUUCUUAUUAUUAUUUGGUACUUUCACAGAAUUUGCUUUAUCAUGUUUUCCAAAAAUCAUUGACAAUUAUAUUUCAAUAAGUCACUCCAUUUCUCCAAAUUGGCGAGUUAAUGUUGUCAUGGGUUUUCUUAAUCCAGGCACAAAGAUUAUUACUUUUAAUUCUGGUAAUAUACCAGCUUUUAAUGAAGUUUUCGUGUUGACUCAAUCAAAUCCUGGCAUUUAUGAGAUCCAGCCAUUUUGGGAUUUUAACCAAAAUGCUGUCAUUGAAAUUCCAUCUGGAAGUAAAAUAGUUGGUGACAGUGUCCAAAUUAAUACUAUGGAUAACCAAAAAUUUUCCAUCGAAUGUGAUGUCUGUGAUAUUCAGACAAGUUCCAAGGAGGACUGGGUACCAUUCCACACUAAAUGCACGAUAAAGGGCGCUGACUCUGUCGCCAACGUGACUCAAGAUGAUUGUGCAAAUGCACAAGUAUGGAAUAUUUUAGGGAAACUCGAUUUAUUAAAACACGAUACCGCUACAUCCACCACUGCACCCACAAACUCACCCACAGUCGCGCCCAUAACCUCACCCUCCACCGUGUCAACUUCUGAUAUUCAAAUUUCAAUGGCUGGAGCUGUAGGCAUAAUUCUGGGAUCAAUUGUUGGCACGGCUCUUAUUGUUCUUGUGACAGUUUAUUAUUUAUUUAUCCGGCACCAACGAUCUACUGAUGCUAAUAAAUCUGAUCGUGUCAACGUCCAAGUUUUUUCUG